GCAAGAGCACGAGGCUCUCCAUGAGAAGCAAGAGAAAGAAGAUAGAACACAGACCACCACCUACGUGCUCCCACGCUCUACCAUCAAACUUCAAAAAUGUCGGGUUGGUUCGGGGGCAAGACGACGGACGCCAAGGCCGACGAGGCCGCCAAGACGGGGCCGUCCGUCCAGGACCGCGCCAUCGAGGCGAAAGACCAGACCAUCAGCUUCAUCGGCGAGAAAAGCGAGGCCGUCACGAAGGCGGCCUCCGACACCGCCGAUGCGGCCAUGAAGAUGGGGGGAGACGCCAUGGGGAAGGUCUCCGAGACGGGGCAGGCCAUCACGGACCGCGCCAUCGAGAGCAAAGACCAGACGUUCGGCUUCAUCGGCGAGAAGGCCGAGGCUGCCAAGAAGAUGGCCGUCGACACCGGCGACGCCGCCAAGCAGAAGUCCGCCGAGGCCGCGAAGUGUGUCGAGGAGACCGCGGCGCAGUUCACCGGGGAACCCGCCGCCCCCAAGGAGCCCGCCGGCAACAUGUUCCAGCAGGCUGGCGGGCAGGUGAUGGGCGCCGCUACGGGCGCCAGGGACGCCGUCAUGAACACGCUCGGGAUGGGAGGAGACAAAGCCGACGCCGGCAGCGCCAAAUGAAGACCGUUGCCCUCAUUUCGUUUCGUUAUUCGUGUUGCUUUAUUUUCCGUUCCAAGAAACUGAUUUCUAGGCAUGCGUCGGUGUUACUUCCUCCAUUGUAUGCAAAGAUGCUUUGAAUAUACGGAUUUGCAAUUCUCAUCUGAUGAAUAUAUAUUCUUCACAUUUCA